AUGCUGCGACCCUCUGUGGCCAAGAUAUCUUCCCCUGCCGUCAGAAGAGCUGCCUCCACGGCGGCCACCCAAAAAGCCGUCAAGAAGGAAGGUGACAUCUCUGAUGCGUUUGUAUCUCUAUCCGGUGCCAAGAGACCGCCUCUACCGGACCGCUUUAGGCAACUAAAGUGUGAUUUGGUCAGGGGCCGGGAGAAGCAGAUUGUCGAUAGCUGGGGGAGACUGCUGCGCCGGCUGAGGGUGGAGAAUGAGAUUAUUGCGCAAAAGGGCUCGGAUGUUAUUCCGCAGGUGGAUUUUGCAGAUUUGGAUGCCGGAUCAGAAGGGCUGAAGGAGGAGAUUAGGAAACGGGGUGCGAUUGUGGUUAGGGGUGUUAUUCCGGAGGCGGAGGCGAGGGCUUAUAAGGCUGAGGUGGAGGAGUAUGUUAAACAGAAUCCCUGGACAAGAGCAUUUCCUGCGGAUAACCCGCAAGUAUACGAGUUGUAUUGGUCUGCCCCGCAGCUCAAGGCUCGCUCGCAUCCGUCUCUAUUGCGUGUGCAGCACCGUCUCAUGUCGUUUCUGUGGCAUACGUCUUCGGAUCAAGCCCAAAUUUCUUUGCAGAAUCCGCUUUCAUACGCCGACCGGCUACGUAUCCGACAACCUGGCGAUGCUACGUUUGCUCUGGGUCCGCACAUCGACGGCGGCAGCGUCGAGAGGUGGGAGAAGAACGGAUACGGCCUUGGAGGCGUCUAUGAUAAGAUUUUGCAAGGGGAUUGGGAGAAUUAUGACCCAUGGGACGCAAGUGGUCGCGUUCAGGCGGUUAACAACUUGUACGAUGGGUUGGGUGCCUGUACCAUGUUCAGAAUGUGGCAAGGAUGGAUGAGCAUGAGCAAAUCUGGUCCUUAUGAGGGAACGCUGUUGGUGAACCCUUUGAUGCACAUGGCGACUGCUUAUGUACUCCUCCGCCCGUUUUUUGCGCCGUUGAAUGAGUCCAAGGGCGCAGGAUUCCUUGACGAAAGGAACUGGAAGUUCAUUGGAGAAGUCGAUAUGAACAGUGAGCUGCAGGGCGCUUCGCCUGGUCAUGGGCAGGAACUCACUGAUGAAUUGCACCCACAUCUUGAACUGGAGCGAACCAUGGUUCAUGUACCAAAUAUCAAGCCUGGUGAUUUUGUUGCAUGGCAUUGUGAUACCAUCCAUUCCGUUGACAAGGUCCACAGCGGCAGUGGAGAUUCCAGUGUCCUGUAUAUUCCCGUAUGUCCUGUUACGGACAUCAAUGCCGCCUACCUUGCUCGCCAGCGACAAGCUUUCCGUGACGGAACCCCAGGACCUGACUUCCCUGGCGGUGAAGGCGAGUCUCGGCACAUCGGCCGACCUACCGAAGGUAUGUUGCGUGGUUGGACAAACGAUCUUGGACGUCAAGCGUUUGGUCUUGACAAGAUUGUGGUGCGCGAAGGUGCUCUGCCUGGCGAGAGAGAGGUUGUGGAAAGGGCAAAUGCUGCCUUGGGAUUCUAA